AUGUCUCAGAAUUACAUCACGCCAGGCCAGUUGCAUUCCCCAAAAGAUAAACAACUACCUCCAGUCCCAUCUCCAUUAUCCAAAAUCCAGUCAUCAUCCACAUCCACAACAGACUCUGAACUAUUACAAGCUAAAACACUAAGACGAAAGAACUUCAAAAAAUUGUCCCUCACCGCUUCCCCGCCUAAGCCAACGUCGGGCAACAAGGAUUGGAAUGAUGAUGUUGCCAUACUUAGAGAAGUGCCCACUUCGUUACGUGAAAGACGACAUAGACCAGCUCCUAUAUUAAAUCUACAACAUCCACCACCCAGUCUGGGGUCUCCUUUGCUGCUGAGUUCAUAUUCUGAUAAUAAACCAUCACCUUCUGCAGGUAUUGUAAUAAGUCAAACUAUAAAUCGUCAAACGCCUUCAAAUUCAAACUUUAAUGUUAAUGCAAGUAAUAGAAAUAUUGAUCCAGAUCAAGAGAAUUCUACUGAUGUAAUAAUAAAUCAAAUAUCAAAUUUAGAACUUAAUAACUUACAAGGCAAUAAACCACAACAACUACAACAACCAACAACAAUAACAAGAAAACGUCAAACUGUCAUCUCAUCAAUAUCUCCAACAAAAUCGAAUUCUUCAUCUCCAACUCAGAAUAAAGCAACGCAAGGAUUUGAACCCAAUUAUUCAACUUCUUUAGCUACAACCAGUGCAUUCACUCUAAACAAUGAAGAUUUGUUAACAUUAAAGACAUUAGGUUCAGGUAAUUCAGGCACAGUAUCAAAAAUCCUUCAUAUCCCAACUCAAAAAACAAUGGCCAAAAAAAUCAUUCAUAUUGAUCUGAAAAGUGUUAUCCAACGUCAAAUUAUAAGAGAAUUACGUAUAUUACAUGAAUGUCAUUCUCCUUAUAUUAUCGAUUUUUAUGGAGCUUUUUUAAAUUCAAAUAAUACAAUUGUGAUCUGUAUGGAAUAUUGUAAUUGUGGAUCAUUAGAUAAAAUAUUAUCCCUAUCCCCAAAUAAACAAUUUCCAUUAUUUGUCUUGAAAAAAUUAGCAUUUUCAAUCUUAUCAGGAUUAACUUAUUUAUAUACAACUCAUAAAAUCUUGCAUCGGGAUAUAAAACCAAAUAAUGUUUUGAUGACACAUAAAGGAGAAUUCAAAUUAUGCGAUUUUGGUGUUUCACGAGAAUUAACUAAUUCUUUGGCGAUGGCAGAUACAUUUGUUGGAACUUCGACAUAUAUGUCUCCAGAAAGAAUUCAAGGGUUGAAUUAUGGGGUGAAGUCGGAUGUAUGGUCUAUGGGAUUGAUGUUGAUUGAAUUGGCAAGUGGUAUACCCGUAUGGACUGACGAUGAUGAUGAGAAUGAAGAUAAUGAUGAAAAAGGGGAAAACCGAUUCAAAGGUCCAGAAGGGAUUUUAGAUCUAUUACAACGAAUUGUAAAUGAGAAAGCUCCUUCAUUGACUGGAAAGAUUAAUCCUGUGACUAAAGCACCUUAUGACAGGCAGCUUUGUGAAUUUAUUGAUUCUUGUUUGAUUAAAGAUGAUACGGCGAGAAAAUCACCUUGGCAACUAUUGGAAGAUAAACAAGGAUUCUUAAAAGGAGUGGAAGAAGGGAUAUAUGAUAAAGAACAUAAGAAUUGGGCUAAAAAUAUACGAAAAUUGAUGAAAGAAAAAUACGAACAAGAUAAAUAG